GAACCAGCCAAUGGGGACGGAGCAUUAUGGUGGUUUUUCCGCUUUCCCCGAACUUCUUGACAGAUUCGACUUCAGAUUGAGAGCAUUCAAGAUGGCUGCUACAGGUCCAAAGUAACAGCCUUGCCCACAGCCCCCUGUGCAUGCAGCUCUCUUAAGGUUGCAGCAUCCUCAGUUGUGUGCCCCCCACCCCGUCCCCAGUCCUCCUGCUUCUCACCAUGUCCUCCACCUCCUCGUACUCGUCGUCGGGGGAGACCAGCCCGGAGGAUGUACCCCGUGGUGGCGGCACCAUCCGAGUCUACCUCCCCAACAAGCAGCGGACGGUGGUGAACGUCCGGCAAGGACAAACCGUGUACGAGAGUCUUAAUAAAGCGCUCAAAGUGAGAGGCCUGAGCCAAGACUGCUGUGCUGUGUUUCGCUUGCUUGAAGGUCGUAAGAGACUGACGGACUGGGACACAGACAUCACCCCUCUGGUCGGAGAGGAGCUGCUAGUUGAAGUCCUGGAUGACAUUCCUCUUACCAUGCAUAACUUUGUACGGAAAACCUUUUUCAAACUGGCUUACUGUGAUUUUUGCCACAAGUUUCUUUUUAAUGGCUUCAGAUGUCAGACAUGUGGCUACAAGUUUCACCAACACUGCAGCAGCAAAGUCCCCACUGUGUGCGUCGACAUGGAUACAGUGAGCAAACGGUGUGACAGCAAUUCCUGCACAGAUUAUCCUCAGAUAUUGUUGCCUGAGAAUUCUCCAUCGCAGAGCAACCUCGCCUUAACCCCAGAGCCUGCUGGAUCAGGCCUGCUGUCCCCGACCUUUAACUUUCCAACAACAGGUGGAGAUGGCCAGUCUCUACAGAGACAUCGCUCCACCUCCACCCCCAACGUCCACAUGGUCAGCACAGUGGACAUUACUACCGUCAUCGUCUUAGAGGAAACACUGAAAUACAACACGAUAGGCCCAGAGCCUUCGCCCAAACCCCCCACCAGCCCACCCUCCUCUUUGGGCUCCCCCGGAAGGAGGCUGCAGAAGUCCCCCUUAGAGCACAAGGAACGCAAAUCCUCCUCCUCCGACGACAAGAAGAAAGUGCAUCGCGGAGGCUACAGAGACUCUAGUUACUACUGGGAGGUCCCCUAUCGAGAAGUCACUCUGCAGAAGAGAAUAGGCACGGGUUCCUUCGGGACAGUCUUCAAGGGCAAGUGGCACGGAGACGUGGCCAUCAAGAUCCUCAAGGUUAAAGAGCCAACGCCUGAGCAGCUGCAGGCCUUCAAGAAUGAAAUGCAGGUCUUACGGAAAACCCGCCAUGUCAAUAUCCUGCUCUUCAUGGGCUUCAUGACUAAGCCCAACUUUGCCAUCAUCACCCAGUGGUGUGAGGGCAGCAGUCUUUACCGCCAUCUGCACGUCACAGAAACCAAGUUUGACACGAUGCGUCGCAUUGAUGUGGCCAGACAGACGGCGCAGGGCAUGGAUUACCUUCAUGCAAAGAACAUCAUUCAUCGAGACCUGAAGUCAAACAAUAUUUUCCUCCACGAGGGCUGGACCGUAAAGAUCGGUGACUUUGGCUUGGCCACGGUGAAGUAUCGAUGGAGCGGCUCCCAGCAAGUAGAGCAGCCCAGCGGCUCCAUCCUCUGGAUGGCUCCCGAGGUGAUCCGGAUGCAGGACAGCAACCCGUACACCUUCCAGUCUGACGUGUACGGUUAUGGAGUGGUGCUGUUUGAGCUGAUGUCAGGAACGCUUCCUUACUCCAAUAUCAACAACAGAGACCAGAUACUGUUCAUGGUGGGCCGUGGUUACUUGUCUCCAGACCUCGGUAAACUGUGCAGCACCUCACCCAAGUCCAUGAAGAGGCUCAUCAUCGACUGCCUGAAGUUCAAACGGGAGGAGAGGCCCCUUUUUCCACAGAUCUUGGUAGCCAUUGAGCAAGUGCAGGAACUAAUGCCAAAAAUUGAGCGAAGUCGCUCGGAGCCAUCGCUUCACCGGGCCGUCCAAGCCGAGGACCUGAACCCGCUCCUGUUCCACACCACCAGGCUGAUGCCCCUCUAGGCCUCCUCUGGCCUCAGCUGAAACGCAGCAGCGUUCCUGUGCCUGAGAGAACACAGCUGGCUCUAAAGACAGAACACACCCACCCCACCCCCACCCGGCACCCCACAGCUCAGGAGCCGCACCGCUCAGUACCAAACUCUACAAGCAACCACAACACUGCUUAGUGUGAUGGCGAACCUUACCAUACCAGACAGAGGCCUGAUGCUGAACAAUAGGAUAACCCAGAGACACCUGCCUGCGACUCAGAGGGAGGGGCUUCUGAUGCAGGGAUGCUGCUCCUCAUUUCCCUUAGUCAGACCAGAGGAAGCUAGAAGUCAGGUUAACAACCCAGAGCUGCUGAUGUUCUGACACUUCCUCACUUUAUGACCAACCACCCAGCUCAGUGGGGGGUGGAGGUCUGAAGGGUGAAAGCAGGAACUCUUUUCUUAGAGGAUGAUAAAUGUAGUCUUAAUAGGAACCUUCUGUAUGUACUAUUUUGAUCAAUAUUUGAACACAAUCACCAAACCAGCCAGUCUCAGGGCGGGGGAGGAAGCACUGAGGAGGUUCAGGUGACCUGGAGCUGACCUCCAGGUUUGUAGGACGGUGUCCUGCAGAGCUCAGCAGCUCACUGACCAGGGCUCAGCCAAAUGGGCCCCAGCAGCCUCCUCCCACCCUACUGGUGAAGGACAAGCUGGUAGUCCUGAACCACACCAGAUCAGGUUUUAAAUAGCAGGCCCCAUGAGCUUGAAAUGCGUGGUCAGGGUUCUGGCUGGGAGUGGAGCCGUGGUCAGACCAGGGAAGGUUGUGACCGCUGCAUGCUGAGGCACAGGAGGUCUGCUCAUACCUGACUUCUCUCUGGUAGCUGGAGGGGUGAAGAGACGGUUGUUGUGCUUGUUUGUUUGGGUUGUGUGAGCUUCCUGCACCUUCAGACAGACGCAGCCAAGCUCUCCAACAGGUUCACAGUCAGGGUUUCACUCUGAACUCAGGCGGCUCCUUGGUGUUUCCUAAACUUAGGGUGAAAGUUUUGGAACCUCCAUGAGUAAUGACACGGUCUUUCCUCGGUAUCCAGACAACAUUUUGGUCUUCUCGGGCUGCUCGGGCCGCUCUGUUGACCCUGAUGGUUCACCAGGGCUCAGAACGUUGUACUAAAUCAGAGCAGCUGAUGAGAUUUGUGCAAUUGUUUCUGUUUUGGAUUGGAAACCUUAAUAGUUAAGAAAAUUGAAUCUUCGGCUAAUAUUUCUGUCUGCUGAUGCCAGAACCAAACAUAAGCCAUAGUUGUUCCCUGCUUCAGCCUGUUGUUGGCGCAGGCAGCCAGCAGCGUACUGGCUGCGUCAUCAUCAGGGUGCGUUCAGGUUCAGUCAGUAGCUGUUCUGCCUUCGCCUCACUGCUCCUCUUCCUGCUGGCUCAGCUCACACCUCUCUAACUGCUGACUAGAGCUCGGUGCCUUGGGGU